CUAAUAUAUAGCUAGACAUAUAUAUUUCACAGAAAAGGAUGCUUUGGAAGACUUUGCUUCUGCUGCUGUUCUAUUAUAGUGCUCAUGCCACUGUAAACUACAGAUGGAGUAGAGCUAUGCUUUACCCAGCUGCUCAACGGUUGAAGAGGUCCUCAGCUGCCUUCCUUAAUCCAGUGCUGCAAAACUCCCUGGAAGAUGUGGUUCUGCUUUAUGAGUUUCUUUUAGCUGAGCUUGACAUUGACAAAGGUCAGAGGAUCUCCAUCAAAGAUGAGGAGCUGGCUUCGCUGAGGAAGGCUGCUGAGUUUGACACCAUCUGCAAUGAGGUUAUUCCCAAGAGCAUCACAGAGAUCCGCAGGCUGAGUAGCAGGCUGUCCUCUUACCCAAGAGUCCUCAAGAAAGAAGAUUUUGAAAGGACAGUGCUGACCAUGGUCUACACAGCCUACAGGGCUGCUCAGUCCCAGGGACACCAGAAGGACACUUGGGCAGAAUCCUUUGUCAAUCUUUACAAAGCGCUGAAGCACGACUUGAUGUUUCCAUACAACAAGGAGACAUCAUAGAAGGAGACUCGAAACAGCAGCUACUCAGACACUUCUUCUGGUUGAUAAGGGACACACUUAGCACGUCCACCCCUUCAUUCUAUGAAAGGUUUAACAGCCUGCUUUAUGAGAGAUUAUUUGUUUUCUAGCUCCCUCUUGUGGAAUUCACUUUAUAGAUACAUGUUAA